CGUUGUAACAAACUAAAUAUUUCAAAUCGGGCUCGACAUCGCAGAAACGAAACUGAAAGUAAAAAGUUGCAACAGAAAAGUUGCUGCCAGCUAAGGUCAAAAGGAAUUACAAUGUAACAAGAUGACAGAGGUAUUGAACCUGGGAUUAUUCUAUCUUGAUAAAGCCGUCACAAAUCUGGGCUAUCAGAGGAGGGAGGCGGAGAAGGCUGCAGGCGAGGUGUCGGAGACCGUCAAAUCUAGAGUGAGAGACGCCAUGACGCUGCACGGCUCCAGGUUUUUCUUGAGACUUGGCGGUUUGUCAGGUGCCGUGGCUGUAUCAAUGGCAGCUUAUGGUGCACAUGCCUUUAAAGUUCAAGAUGAAAAAGGAGAACAGUUGAAAAGGAUUUAUGAGACUGGAAACAAAAUGCACUUAGUGCAUUCUGUAGCACUUGUGUGCUCUCCUCUGUGUAACAGACCAAAUCUGACCGGGGGAUUGUUUACGGUGGGAAUCCUCCUUUUUUCUGGCAGUUGCUAUGCCCAUGCUUUGACGGGGAACACCAAAAUUCGAUACAUUACCCCAUAUGGAGGAUUUGCACUUAUUUUUGCCUGGUUAAGCAUGUUGUUGUGAUGAGGAUGAGAGAUUGUGAAUUGUGUGUGUAAGAAAACUUUCAAAAUAUUUCAUGUAUUUCUUGCAUUCAAUGGAAGUUGAAAAAAAAAUUGUCUCUUUUUUUAAAAAAUAAAAUAAAACACUGAAA